UCCUCAGCAGAGAAAUUUAACAGUAACAGAAAUAUUUAGUGUUCAGAGUUUCAGUUCAACAUUAAACGGAGAUUUUAAUUCCGGAUACUGGUCUGUUUUUUCUUUUUAAAACUGUCUGUUGUUCUACAUGAAGACUUCGGUCAAGUAUAAAAUGUCACAUAUACGGUAUAUAUGUGUGUGUGUGUGUGUGUGUGUGUGUGUGAGACAGCAGCAGGGUGGAGGAGCGACACACUCCUAUAAAACUCACUUUAUAAACACCUUCAGCUCUGAUUACUUUUCCACAAUUACUUUUUUUGGGAUUAGUAGAGACGAGAUGCAGAAAGGCACCAUGUCAAAUAAAAUUAUUAUUAUUAUUAUUAUUAUUAUUAUUAUUAUUAUUAUUAUUAUUAGUGGUCACGUGGUUUGAGUUCUUUGAGGUGUGUGUGUGUCACAGAGAUCAGUGUUAAAAUAAAUCAUUGUGUCAUACAAACAGAAAUAGAUGUUUAUAGAGAGUUUUAUUAAAAACGCAGCGUCUCGCCGUUUCGCCCCCUCACACACAUCCUGUCCUGCGUUCUGAUUGGCUGAACACACCCCACACACUGCUUUAAAUUCACUCAGGACUGAAACAUAACUCUGAAUCUAAAGUUCACGCAAAAUCCACAGAUCCGGAGCGUUCAGCUGUGUGACGUCUGAGAUUAAAGGAGUGAAAAUGCGGCUGGCGCUGCUGCUGGUCUGCCUGCUGGCCUUGAGCUCGGCCGUGCCGCUGCACAAACACCGAGUGACGCGUUCAGAGAGCUCAGAGGAUGAUGGGGGCGACUCUGAAGAUGGCAGCAAUGAAGGAGGAGAAGGAGAGGGAGACAGAGGAAAUGGAGGAGAAGGAGAAGAGGGAGAAGGAGAAGAGGGAGAAGAAGAGGGAGGAAAAAAGGAAGAGGGAGAGCAGGGUGGAGGAGAAGAAGAAGGAGAAGGAGGUGAUGGAGAAGCAGGAAAGCAAGAAAACAAUGAAGGAGAAGCAGAAGGAGGAGAAGAGUAUGGUGGAGCAGGUGAAGGAGAGGAGAGUGAAGGCGAGAGAGAGGGAGGAGAAAGAGAGCGCAAAAAGAGAGAGGAAAGUAAUGAGGAGGGAAGUGAAGAGGGAGACAGCGCUGAGGCUGAGGAUGGAGGAGAAAAAGAUGGAAAUAAUGGUGGAGGUGAUGAAGAGAGUGAUGGAGGUGAUGAAGAGGGAGGUGAAGAAGAGGGAGGUGAAGAAGAGGGAGGUGAUGAAGAGGGAGGUGAAGAAGAGGGAGGUGAAGAAGAUGGAGGUGAAGAAGAGGGAGGUGAUGAAGAGGGAGGUGAAGAAGAGGGAGGUGAAGAAGAUGGAGGUGAUGAAGAUGGAGGUGAUGAAGAGAGUGAUGGAGGUGAUGAAGAGGGAGGUGAAGAAGAUGGAGGUGAUGAAGAGGGAGGUGAAGAGGCGGAAGGUGAAGAAGAGAGUGAUGGAGGUGAAGAAGAGGGAGGUGAAGGACAGAGUGAUGGAGGUGAAGAGGAAGGUGGAGGAGUAGAAGAGGGAGGAGAACUUUAAAUAGAUCACCAUCUUACACACCUGAUCUAACACACCUGAUCUAACACACCUGAUCUAACACACCUGAUCUAACACACUUGACCUAAAACAUCUGAUGAAAUGUGCCUGAGAUAACACACCUGAGGAAACAUCUGAUGUAACGCACCUGAUAUAAGACACCU